AUGCAUAACGCUCUCAAAGUCAACGAUAUCGUCUACGCUAUACUGCAACAUGCCAAGUCCUCUAAGCCGGACUUGCUAAACAUGGCGAUGACCUGCUCCACGUUCUCAAAUCUCGCUCUGGACAUGCUAUGGUCUCAGCAGGACAAUUUGACACCCCUCGUCCAGUGUCUCCCGCAAGACACUUGGACAGUCUGGUACGGUAGAACUAUUAUUUUUUCCCGCGAACCGCUGCCCACGGAGUGGGAGCGUGUCAGGAUCAAUGCGGCAAGGAUACGCGAGUUUAUCUUUACAGGGUACACUUGUCGUUCCCCGAAACCAAGUGGCUUGGUCCUACAGCAACUUUUUGAACUGUUUCCGCCUGCUGUGUUGUUCCCUCAACUGCGCACAUUGCAUCUCAACACAGUAUCUCGGCAUUUACUCAACUUCGGUGCAGAACUCUCGUUGCUCCGCCAGUUCCUCUCGCCAAGAUUGGAAAGCCUCACAUUUAACGUACUGCCCGGCGCUCCGAUGCACGAGGUAGAGCAAUUGUUUGAUGCUCUUUUUACUGAAGCGCCUGGCCUCCGGCAACUAUCGCUACACAGUGCCCACAACCUUUCGGCCUGUCCUUCCAAAGUACCUAAGCUGCCGAAGAAGCUGAAUGGAUUGUCUAUUGGCCUGCUCGGCAUGGAUCUGAUGAAGCAGAUCAUUCCUAAUAUCCAGCAUUUGUGCAGUCUCCAUACCCUUACGCUGGCUUUGGGCAAGUCAGUUGAUAUGGCAUUCCAACCAUCAGGUGGUAUGCAACUUGAAUUGAGUACGCUCAAACAUCUCUAUCUCCCUGGCGCCCGCUUGGAAAAUUGUAUAUCCUUCCUUCAUAAAGUUACCAUGCCACGAUUGUCGGUCCUCGAAAUCUCGUAUUACACAACUGCUCAACCAGCCGAGAUCACCGCGGUCAUCGAAUCCUUAUCUACGUCUUGCAAAACAUUUGCAUUCCUGGAAGAUAUCACUGUGGUCGACUAUUCGGAAAACCCCUCGGAGGAACCUGGGCCUGACGACCAACUCCAUUCCUCUAUUUUCCGACCUUUGCUCCGGUUCAGGAGGCUGUCGAGUGUCAAAUUCAUUGACAUUGGAAAAUACUGCCUGGAUGACGCGUUCAUCGAGGACGUUGCAGUUGCUUGGCCAGAUCUUUGUACGUUGACAUUCACCUCAAAAGUACCUGGCGAAUAUCAGGUCACCUUGACCCCUGUGCUUUCAUUAGCGACCAGGUGCAAGUCGCUUCAUGACCUGCACUUAAUGUUCGAUGCCACACAUUUUCCGACACUCCCCCGUGCGCCGGAUGGAAAUCUGGAACUUUGGACCACGCAGACGGCCGUCCGCAAACUACAUGUCGGACACUCGAAGGUGUCGGAAGCAUCAUGUUUCCACAUCUUCCUAGCAGUGCUGUUUCCAAAUCUAGCCGAUCUCAAGUAUUGUUUCGAUUUCGAUGGUCUUUCGGCGUGGAUACAAUUAGAAAAGGCAUGGAGCGAACUGCUGAUCGAGCGGGAAAACUCUGCAGACGAGGCAGCUUCUUGGCCAAACUUUCUACUGCAGCUACAGCCUUAG